UCUUUCGCGCUAUCCUUCGAGAGAAAGAGGAUUCUCCUGUUCGGCUAGUGCGUGCUUCACCCUCACCGAUGACACUUUGUUCGGUCUCCGCGACACAUCUUUUCCUCGCCGUCUCGCCUCGGUCUUUGACAAAAAUGUCUCGAGAAAGUUACUUCGAAUUUUAUUAAGUUCCUUCUUACUUUACGAUGCAACUGGAUAAGCGAAUUAUUCUUAAGCUGUUAUCUCGAUCGACUUUCAUUGGUACACAGUGAAUUUAACUUGAUAUUGUGACACGUGAUUCUGUGGAAGAAUUUCUUGUAAGAGAUGAACGCGGAGGAGAUAAAAGUUGGAUGCUUUCAAGUAGUUAUUGUGUUGCUGUUGGGUGUUAAUUAUGCGAUCGUUGCCAUGAGCCAUGCGUUGCCGAUUUUUCACAAUUAUACACCGAAGUUUUAUUGUCAGGUAAAGAACGGAACGAAACGAACGUAUGGUUGCCAAGAACUCAGCAACGUGACUGUUGCAACCAACCAGACUUCCGGUCUGACUGAAUCACCGGAUGCAAAUUUGUGUUUUGGCGACUAUCAAUUUGCAACCGAGUUCGGUGAAAAUAGCGUUGUAACUGAAUGGGGUUUAAUAUGCGAGAAACAAUACUUGACGUUUCUUGGACCAACUGUAUAUUAUAUCGGUGUUUUGAUGGGCGCAUGGAUUGCCGGACUUUUGGCAGAUCGUAUCGGAAGACUUCCGGUUCAAGCGAUAUGCCUUUACACUCAGGGUACGAUGGCUGUGGCAUUGUACGUCGUGCAGAAUUAUCCGACGUUUUUGGUUCUUCGUGGUCUGCAAGGGGUCUUUGUUCAAGGUCUACAAAAUUCGACAUACAUUCUUUCCUUGGAAUUGUUGCCUGCAAAGGCUCGGACAUUCGUCGCGUUAGUUAUGCAAAUUGCCUGGGCUAUUGGUUUACUCCUUUUGGCUGCACUCAGCUACGCCAUACCGGACUGGAGAAUUUUACAGUUGGCAAUUUCGGUUCCCACUGCGGUCACCGUACUUUACAUAUGGAUCAUUCCAGAAUCGCCAAGAUGGUUGAUAGCAAAGGGAAAAACAACAGAGGCAGACAUGGCAGUGGAACGCAUUGGAAAGUACAAUGUCUGUUGCACUAAAUCGCGAAGGGAGAAUGCUAAAACGGAAAUGAGCGUUCUCGAGAAUACAAUUCCGGUGAAACCAGAAAGAAAGUCUCGGGUUUCGUGCACGGAUUUGAAGAAAUCAAAAACCGAUAAUGAACUCAAAGAAGAGGCUGCUAAUUUGCUAAGCAGCAGUGCGGAUGCAUCUGAAGAAAAAGUUCAAAAAGCAAGCUUGAAAGUAAUGUCAGAAAAUCGGAAAAGCAAACUGUCUAAAUCGGACUGCGAAUCAAUAUCUUCUCAAGGUGAAAAUGGCGAAAUGGAGAAGAGGAACGUUCCAUCUGGCUCUAAAACUCAUCGAAAGACGAAAUCUAUAUCACAGCCAGUUAAUAAUCAACGAUUAUCUAUGAAGAAAGCGUACGACACUGUAGAACUACGAAUACCUGAGAAAAAAGAAAUGUUAAGUAAAGACGAAGAGAAGAAGUGUGAAAAGAUUGAAGAGAAUUCUAAUAAUAGUCGUACAAAACUUGAAUUGAAAGAACAGUUUAAAUCCACGAUUUUAAGAAGACAUGGUGUUGCAAUGAUUUUUCAAUGGUUCACCUCUUCCAUGGCGUGUUACGUUUUUAUGACACUCGUUUCACCCUUACCCCUUAAUCGACACAUUAACUUUGCUCUAGGAGGAGCAUUAGAAAUUGCAACAUAUAUAUUCACGUACUUCAUAUUAUCCAGAUAUGGCAGACGAUUACCAAUGUCUGCGUACCAAUCAAUCUGUGGUGUUAUUUGCAUCCUAACAGCAGCUACAAUUAUAUUGUCACAUCCAGUGAGAACAAUCGACCUCACGAAAACUAUUAUGCUCUUAUUUGGAAGAAUAACAGUGAUGAGUACCGUUUUUGUAGCAUAUUUAUACACGACUGAGAUAUUUCCAACUGUUAUACGAGGUACCUGUUUGGGUCUCUGCACUGUAUCCGCGAAAAUCGGUAGUUUGUGCACACCGCACGUAUUAUUAUCGGGAGAAUAUUUUCCAGUCACCAUUCCAUUAAUAAUCAUUGGAAUGCUUUGCUUAGUGUCUGGAGGUCUUGCAUUGAUUUUACCAGAAACUUUCGACAAAGUUUUACCUGACACGGCAGAAGAUUUUGAAUUGCUGACCGUGAAAAGAAGAGACAAAACGAACAAUGAUAAUUUAAAUAAUGAAACCACAGUUACCACUGAAGAUGCAUCGGAGAGGGAGAUACUAAGAACAAAAUUGUUCUCCGAGGACUGGGUGGAUGCUGGAAAUGGUAUAUUAGUGAAUUUCACGGAAAAUAAAAAUUCUGACUGAAAAUUAUAGUCAACUACAGGAAACUAUACUGCAUUUUUACAGGGAUUAUCCUCAAUAAUCAAUAAUGUUGAUACAAUGUUAAAAGAUGAGAUCACUUUAUUGUACUGUUUAUUGCGAUUAUUCGCUUUUUUAUGAUGUGAUUAGAAAUGUAAAUUUUUGACUGGACAUUUGCUACUUUUUAUGUAUAUUUAAUGUUGUAAUAUGUGAUUUAGAUUACUUAAGCGCAACUAUAUUUUUCAUAUUAUAAUAAUUUCUUAUUUGUUAUAAUGCGUUAAACAUUAAACAAAUUAUAAUAAAGCAAAUUGUCACUGCCUGUUAAAACAAAAAAUCAUGUCUCAUCGAAAUCGUAAACAUUUAUGUCAAGGAGUAGAAGUAUUUAUAAAUACUUUGAAUUGUAUACAAUUCGAAAUGUUAAUUCUCUGUGAGUUCAAUAGGUACAGUACCGAGCGUAAUACGCUUCUCUAGUACUAUGCUCAGUACUAUACCAAAGUAUUACAUUUAUAAUCAUUUAAGCAUUAGGUUUAAGUAGUGUAAAAAUUAAGUUAACAUAAAUUGCGGAAAUUAUUAUAUUGUUACAC